UAUUAGAAAGAUUCGACUUGCCUGUGCCAGCGUAAGAUUUGACACCAAUGGUUAGCUUUACGUCCCGCCUACAUCGUGCAUGACGUUUCCUACGCCUUUGGGCAAGUCGAACCAUUCUAUUGCCCACCGCUCCCCGAGUGCUGAAUCCGAGUCGAGCGCGUCUUAUGCUCCAACGAGAGCCCAGUUCACGGAAAGAAUUUCUUUUAUUGGAAGUCUUUUGUACACUGGCGUCACGAAUAUGCAUUCCCAGUCGGCGAAAAACACUGAUGAACGAUUUUACGCCUGCUAGAAUAUUACAGGUUACUUUGUCACAUUGCAACUACGCGUUCUGGACAGAAUUCAUAUUUGGUAGCACCAGAAGUCACCAGAUGUUUUUGCAUACAUCGCCCACAGUUCAACUGUGUCGGGGAAUCUGUGUUCCACCUAAUUAAACCAUGUUUCCACGGAUUGGAAUACCUCUCAUCUAUUUUCUCUUCUCCACAAAAACAUCUUGCGCUUUGGUGAGAAAAAAAGCUAUCGUAGGUUUUGCCAUCCUUUCCACAUGGAAGAAAUAAAGAAGUGAUUAAACACCUACAUCAAGAGGAAUGAGUCGCCUUUUUACAAAUAUCUUUACGGUCUUAAUCGCAUCUUUAAUUGGGAUGGUCAACUACAGGAUGACAGAUGCAAAGGAGUAUGACUCCAGAACACCAGGAAGAAGCUCAACUAAGCUGAUGUCUCCAUCUGACUUCCUGGACAAACUGAUGGGUAGAACCUCAGGGUACGAUGCUAGGAUCAGACCCAAUUUUAAAGGUCCUCCUGUAAAUGUUACAUGCAAUAUUUAUAUCAACAGUUUCGGCUCCGUCACGGAGACAACUAUGGACUACAGACUUAACAUCUUCUUGCGUCAGAACUGGAAUGACCCACGGCUCUCCUACAGCGAGUAUCCUGACUCUUCCCUGGAUCUAGACCCUUCCAUGCUGGACUCCAUUUGGAAACCUGACCUCUUCUUUGCUAAUGAGAAGGGCGCGAAUUUCCAUGAUGUUACCACUGACAACAAACUUCUGAGGAUCUUCAAAGAUGGAACUGUCCUCUAUAGUAUCAGACUGACUUUAAUUCUGUCCUGUCCGAUGGAUCUGAAAAACUUCCCUAUGGAUUCGCAGACGUGUACAAUGCAGCUGGAAAGCUUUGGCUACACCAUGAACGACUUGAUAUUUGAAUGGAUGGAUAAAAAUCCAGUGCAGGUUGCAGAAGGUCUUACCCUACCACAGUUCCUGUUGAGAGAUGAAAAAGAAUUGGGAUACUGCACCAAGCAUUAUAACACAGGAAAAUUCACCUGCAUUGAGGUGAAUUUCCAUCUGGAGAGACAGAUGGGUUACUACCUGAUCCAGAUGUACAUUCCCAGUCUGCUCAUAGUCAUCCUGUCCUGGGUGUCCUUCUGGAUCAACAUGGACGCCGCACCUGCCAGAGUUGCACUGGGCAUCACCACAGUGCUCACCAUGACAACACAGAGUUCAGGCUCACGUGCUUCUCUGCCAAAAGUUUCCUAUGUGAAGGCCAUAGAUAUCUGGAUGGCUGUGUGCCUGUUGUUCGUGUUUGCAGCCCUGCUGGAGUACGCUGGAGUAAACUUUGUCUCCCGGCAGCAGAAGGAGUUCCUGCGCUUGAAGCGAAGACAGAGAAGAAACAAGGAUGAGGACAUGAAAGAGGGGCGUUUUAACUUUUCGGGGUACACCAUGGGUCCAUGCCUGCCGAUGAAAGAUGGCAACGCAAUGAAAAGUGCAACGCCUAACGCAGCGCCGGUGGCACCCACACAGCGGGAUAUCGACAUCAUUAAGAAGAAGUUUGUGGACAGGGCCAAGAGGAUCGACACAGUGUCUCGAGCUGCCUUUCCCCUCGCCUUCCUCAUUUUUAACAUCUUUUACUGGAUUACAUACAAAAUCAUCAGACAUGAGGCCUAAAAAAAAAAAAAAAAGUAGCUCUGCCAACCAGCGGGAUCUGCCCAGAGAGAUGGCAGCUAUUGGUUGUCAGUUUCUCUAGAGGGAGAAUUGUGUCUGGGACAGCAGGUCAAUGAUGCUCCGCAUAGAGGAGAGUAGUGAUGUGAAAUGUGUUUUCUCAUUGGGAUAACAAAUAUGGGUUUAGCAUUGGGAGGAGAUGGACACAUUCACACGCAGGGCAUCUGAGGAGCUUUCAGGAGCCCUGGUCUGCAGGCUGUUUUAGCUCCGGAUGGGCCACAUGCCGGGUCAGAACACGCCAUUGUAUUAUAUUGCAUUGAAAUGACCAACAUUCCAGGAGUUUGUAUGAUCGUAAACCUGAGGUCAGGAAAAGUUGCUUUUUAACGAGAGCUUUCCUACAGUGGAUGAUUACACCGUUUUCUACAGCUGCACAAAAACUGUUUCUACAGACUUAUCAGUUGGGCCUAAUUUCUCCAUUCACAAUGCAAGUGAGAUACUGCUGUCAUUUCUAUUAGAAACCUAAGGCCUUAGAUAUUAUGCGUGAGAUGGAAUUGUAUGCUUCUCUCCUGUCUUUGUCUAAUAGAAAUUAUUUAUUUAUUUAAAAAUGCGCACACUUUCUUUGUGUUCUGCUGUUUUUCCCCCCUCCUUAUAAGCACAAUUAAAAUAAUUGUAUGUACUAGUAACUAAAGCUUCCGAUAUCUCUGGGUGGUAUGAUUGUUGAGGUUCAUCAGAGUAUGUUGUGUGAAUCUAUGAGCAAAUGACACAAAAGACCCGUUGAUCCACUGAUUAUUUUUCGAUCCGCAAAGCCUGUUGUUUUUGUCUGCUAUUUAGCAUGUGCUGAAAUGCUACCAUAUGUAAACACCAAGUCAAUCAGACUAUUCACAAACCGGUCAGUCACACUGGAUGGUUGUACACCACAGAACAAUUGUAUAAGAGGGGUCUGAAAUAAAUGUUGUCAGAAUAACAUUAGGCUGCAUUGUAAUAGCAUUGUGACCUCCUUCAAGACACACAACGAAAGAACCUUGAUCAGGAGAUUGUAUUGUUACAGGGGUCUUCACAGCAUGUGUGGCUCACAGAGGGUACCUACCAUUUCAAAGUUGUACAUUAUUUUAAUUUCAAAUGAUAUUACCAGUAAUGUGCAUAUCAACUAUUUGAGUAUCUCAAAGAAGGCAAUCUGCAGGGGAUGUUUUAAGGAAAACCUGAGCUAUGAGUUACUAAAUAAUAAAGGAGCGUGCUUAUUAAUAAACUCUCUUUCUCGCAAAAAAAAAAGACCAAUAAUAUAACUGCUGAAUUUUGCUGCAGAUAUUCAAUAAUAAUUGGCAAAGAAUCCUUAUGCCCAAACUCAACCAUCAUCAACACCACAAUCAUCCUGGCUGUGGAGAAAGUGAGAUUGUGAAACAGCCUGCUGUCUGCUCCUCUUACCAGACCAAUGAAUCACUCGGCUGGCGGGUGCAUGGAUCGGCUGGGGGUCAGUGCAAGUGACAUGAACGUGAGGUGACAUGGAGCGCUGGCUAAUAUUGGAUAAUGGGCUUCACAGCUGGCCACCGUGAUCCAGCAGCGGGGGAGCAUUUACCUGCACGGACACCACCUGAAUGGAAAAUGCCAGAAUGGCUUCAGUGAGACGAGACAACGAUUCUGUCCGACACACACACAUAAUACUCACACAGAUAACUGGUAACGCCUCCAAAGUGGACCCCUGCAGUAAUUACACAUCAGUGUUUUCUUUUUCUUUUCUUGUAGGCUACCGUUUUUUUUCUGUUUUAAAGUUUUAUUCCAGAUACCUCAUACUACGUGUUUAAGGCCACACCAAGUAAACAAUACUGAAAUUAUGUUUACUCACUCUAUAAUGCAGGCCAAGAUGUGUUGUUUUCCCCCUAAUGCCAUAUAGUUCCUCAAUAAAAAAUAUUGCAAUUAA